AUGUCCGAUAACGAGUUGCGUCGUAGAGGUACAAAACUUAGUAUAAACGACGAUAGUGGUAGUGAGGCUACUGUUUCUGUCAAUGAAGACUACGAUGGUGAUAUAAAGAAGGAUAUGCGUUAUUCUUAUGGUAAAACUCCUGACGGAAAAGUUUUUCGAGUGCCUCUUACCCGUGAAAUGGUCUCAAAUUUACUGAAUCCCCAGAUAAAGAAGGGUAUAUUCGAUUGGAUCACUUUAGGGAUUAUGUUUGCCGAAAUUGGCUUAUUCUUUGCUUUACCAGCAUGGUUCAAAGGCGUCUUUUUCCUGUUUACCUUUUUUUUUUGGCGUUUGGCUUAUAAUGUCGGUUUGGGAUUUCUUCUUAAAUAUCAAAGUGAUAAUCGAGGCUUAGUUCGAUUAGCGAAAAAGUACCGCAUAUUUGAUCGUGCAGCAAACCCGAAACUCUAUCAAUGGCUUCGACAUCAACUUAGUAUUAAAAUGGGUGAUGAUUAUGACUUUGACACCGCUCCUGUUGAAUACAACACUUGGAUGCUGUUUAGACAAUUGGUUGAUAUUAUUCUGAUGAAUGAUUUUACAGCAUAUGUUUGUUUCGCGCUUUCUUGGUUUAACACAACUCCUCAAUCGUCUAUCUUCUUGGGUAACACGCUACGAUGGAUCGGUGGCUUGUUUUUGAUUGUUUUCAACAUUUGGGUCAAAAUAGAUGCUCAAAGGGUUGUUAAAGAUUUUGCUUGGUAUUGGGGCGACUUUUUCUUUUUGAUAGAACAGUCGUUGACAUUUGAUGGUGUAUUCGAAAUGGCACCUCAUCCUAUGUAUUCCAUUGGCUACUUUGGUUAUUAUGGCAUAUCAUUGAUUUGUGCAAGCUACACCGUUUUACUCGCUAGUAUUGCAGCACAUGCAUUACAGUUUGCCUUCCUUGUUCUUGUGGAAACUCCUCAUAUUGAAAAGACAUAUAAUCCACCAGAGACAAUUAGACGUCGUCCAGCUAACCUGCAAUCAGAGGUUAAAGAAUUUACAGAUGAGCAGCCGGCUACGACAUAUUUUAGACGAGAUUUGAUAGUAAUGAAAAAUUUUGACCUCUUCCGGGCGACAGAUGCACUUUCAGCUGUAGUUAUGCUUUACGCUUUUAUAAUGCCAUUGCUUAUGCCUGGAAACCUGGGGAUUGUUGUUGCUAUUGGACAGGCAUUUUUCUGGCGAACAGUACACUGCCUAGGAAAUGGGGUUCUUCUCCGCUUACAAUCUAACAAUAAAUACUUUACUCGUCAUUUCAUAAAGUGGGGAAGCGACGUCUACGAAGCAUUUCAAAACUGGAAAAGUCUUUAUAAUCUUACGUUAUGUAUGACAUAUAUCACAUUUUUCGUUGCAUGCUGGAAAACUUACACUUUACCCGAUGAUUGGACAUAUGGAAUGACUCUUCUGCGCCAUAUACUUGGGUUAACAUUCAUUUCUCUACAUAUUUGGACAUCCGUAUCUAUUUAUGAGGUCAUUGGAGAUUUUGGAUGGUUUUACGGCGACUUUUUCAUGGACGAUCAUCCAUCUGGUUUACUGUAUUCAGGCAUUUAUAGAUACCUGAACAAUCCCGAAAAGAUAAUGGGCCAUGCUGCAUUCUGGGGUAUGACGCUAAUUGCUAACAAUGCCACCAUUUUUGCUUUGGCUUUGUUCUCUCAGAUCGGUAACAUUCUUUUCAUUAAAUAUGUCGAAGAUCCGCACAUGCGCAAAUUGUAUGGCGAUCAAAUCAGGAAAGAGGCGGGCCUCACUAAAACUCUUAAAUCUGCUGCAAUUGCUAUACCAAAAACUAUCCCUGAAAAAGUACAUAUGGAGAUUGCCAAGAUAUUACGAGAAGACAGUACAAAGAACGUUGAACGCAUCGUUAAAGAAACAGUUGAAAAGGUAGAAAAGGCAGUGGAAGAAACAAAGGAUGCAGUAGGAGAUAUCGUCGAAGCAGCACGUCCUCGUUUACAAGAAGUUCUAUGGGAAACAAAACACUUACUAGAGACAUCGCGCUCACGCGUUAUUGCAUUAACAGCAGCUGAUAUUGACACAUACGACCUAUCGCGUUAUUCUGUAAAAGUUAUAAAUAGCGACAACAAUGUGCUUGAAAUGGGUCAACAAAUUCAAGUAGAGUGGGAGGCACCGGAGAACCAUGGUCCACAAGAUUGGAUUGGUAUUUUCGAAGUAAACAGUAAUAAAAGCAAACAUAUCACAAACAUUGUAUCGCGUGGAAUCUGGAAAUGGACAAACGGGGUAAAAGAUUGUGAUACGGGAGAAACUCUGUUCCCACCCGACGUAGCAACUCAGACAGCAGGAACAGUUACCUUCGGAGGGCCUAAGUUACCUUGGAAGGCAGGUGUAUAUGAAUUGCGAUAUCAUCAUGAUAACAAGCACAAUGUUAUGGCUAUAUCCAAACCCUUUGAGAUAAAAGCACCAGCUGUCCUGCAACCGAUCAAUAUCGAUACUACCAAACAAACAAUAUUAAAAUGGAUUCAGAAUGUUUUGAAUAACAAUCCAGAGGUUAUGCCUCAAUCUCCAGAAGAAGAAUAUGUUGGAAUGGCCGAAGUUGAAUCCCGGCAUCUGGUCGAAUGCAUCAAACUUGGGUAUAACGUUGAUUUUGCUUGGGAAAUUGUUGCCAUAGAUAAAACUGCCACUCGACUUGCAAAACGAGUCCUUCAUGCCAGAGAGGCACUCUCACCUUUCCAAACAGAAGCAACAGAAACUCCUCGUAAACUCUGCAAUACUCAUUUGAAUACUUGUACACCUCCGCUAGUCUCAUAA